CCGUUGGCAGAAUUGUUGAAGAGAUUGCCGUCACAACGAUACCCUCAGUCUCUACAAGCCAGUUUGUCUGAGUUGCAAGCAUGCAUCGCUGCUGAAUGCGCGAAAAACUCCAAUUUGACACAGUUACAAAAACAGAAACAACAAAAGAAAAUGCUAGAAAUGUUGGAGCCACGAUUCGAGGAGAAUUUCGAUGCGGAACGAUCACGGAAAGUGAAUAUAGCGAAAGAAGGGAAGACGGCGGAAAAUAAGUUAUUGAAACGAAAAUAUAAAAAAGAAAUGCGCGGUGCAAUGCGAGAGUUACGGAAGGAUAAUCAAUUCAUUGCAAAAGAGAAGCGUUCAGAAAUCGAGGCAAACGACCGAAUGCGACGUAAGAAAACAAAGGAUUUGAUGCAUUCGUUGCAGGGACAGGAGAGUGAGUACAAGAAGAAUUUCUAUAUGAAACAAGCACCGAGAAGGUGA